AUCAUAAAUUCUGUUAUUGGCGUGGAGAAAGGAAAACCUCUCCCGCCACGGAAAAUCUAUUGUGUCUCCUUCUCUCUUCGUAGUCACAAUCUCACUCUCCCUAGAUUCAUCUUCUCUAGGUUUCAUCAUCUUCAUUCCGAUUUGGAACAAACCAAUGGCUGCAACUCUUCAAUCUCCACGACUUCCUUUUCAUCCAUCUAUCAAACCCCUAAAUUCAUACACUUUCCCAAUCUCUACCGUUCAUUACUCCCCCAAAUCGAGUACCUUCAAGGGUUCAUUUGUCCUCACCCGCAACAAACCAGUGCUUUCUUCCAAAGCUUCCAGUUCGCAGUACAGUUCCACUGUUACAGAAAAUCUCGGUGACAUUAGCAUUUUCACGGCCGCCGGUGAGCCUGUCAUGUUCAAAGAUCUUUGGGACCAGGAACAGGGAAUAGCUGUGGUGGCACUUUUGAGGCACUUUGGAUGCCCAUGCUGCUGGGAAUUGGCUUCAACCUUGAAAGAAUCCAAAUCAAGGUUUGAGUCAGCUGGUGUCAAGUUAAUUGCAGUGGGUGUUGGUGCUCCCGAUAAAGCCCGUAUUCUUGCCGAACGAUUACCAUUUCCAAUGGAUUCCCUGUAUGCAGAUCCUGACCGCAAGGCAUAUGAUUUUCUAGACCUCUACUAUGGGUUUGGCCGUACUUUCUUCAAUCCAGCCAGUGCAAAGGUGCUAUCGAGAUUUGAUGCUUUGCAAAAAGCGACCAAAAACUAUACAAUAGAAGCCACUCCAGAUGAUAGAAGUGGUGUUUUGCAACAGGGAGGGAUGUUUGUGUUUAGAGGAAAAGAGCUAUUAUAUGCUAGGAAAGACGAAGGAACAGGUGAUCAUGCCCCUUUAGAUGAUGUUUUUGAUGUUUGCUGCAAAGUUCCUGUUGCUUAACUGUACUGUAUAAAGUUAUAAAUUUGCACGACAUUAGGAAUGUUCAGUUUAUUAAGUUUUUAUUAGAAUAGGAUUCACUGGAAUCAUACAAGAGACAACAUAUAAAAAUCAUAUUUAUAUCAUUCAAUCUGCAAGCCUUUUUGUAAUUUAGUAUUACAUAAAGUAGUUCAUUGUGAACUUAAGUAUAUUGUACCAAAGCUUGAGUUAGAAAUGGCAAAUUGGCAAUUGUCACA